AUUCAAACUCUGCUUUAUGAACUCAUGUUUGUUUUUAUCACAUGUAUCACUAUUUUAAUUUUUUAAUACAGAGAUGAUCUGGUAAAAAAUAAAAUAGUAAAUUUCUAUGCACUUCUGUGGUUGUAGACAGCAGCGUGUGAACGGGACUUUUGUUUUGGUUUGAUGACGUGACGUCAUAAGGCGGCGCCGCGCUCCUGCUCCCGUUGUAAUUCGGCUAAAGAAAGGACAAACACACAGAAAACUCCUGGUGAAGCGACUGAGAUCCUUGUGAUACACUAUUAUAAAGAUGGCGUUUUUUAAAGAGGAGACUGAAGAUAUGAAGAUUGAAGAAACAUUCAGAAUUAAACAAGAAGAAACUGAGGAACAAACAAAGAUGGACUUUAUUAAAGAGGAGAUUGAAGACAUGAAGAUUGAAGAAACAUUCAGUGUGAAACAUGAAGAAACUGAGGAACAAACAGACCUGAUGGCACUGAAAGAGGCAAGUCAUGAACUUAAUGAAAGGAAAGAAGAGAAAAACCAUUAUGAUAAACAGCAUUUCACUUCUGGAGAAAGAUCGACACAGGCUAAGACUUCCUCACUAAAAAGAGCUCAAAAGACAGGAACUAAAGGUUAUUUCACCUGCCAACAGUGUGGAAAGAGUUUCAGUCGUAAAGGAAACUUUAAUGUCCACAUGAGAAUUCAUAAUGGAGAGAAGGCUUUCACCUGCCAACAGUGUGGAAAGAGUUUUACUCAAAAAGGUAGCCUUAAAGUCCACAUGAGAUGUCACACUGGACAGGGUGUUUUCAUCUGCCAACAAUGUGGAAAGAGUUUUGGUGGAAAAGGAAACCUUAAAGUCCACAUGAGAAUUCACACUGGAGAGAGCCCAUUUGUCUGCCAAGAGUGUGGAAAGAGUUUCAGACAUAAAGGAAACCUUAAAAUCCACAUGAGAUCUCACACAGGAGAGAAACCUUACACCUGUCAACAGUGUGGAGUAAGUUUCGGUCAACAUGCAAGCUUUAAAUUCCACAUGAUAAUUCACACUGGAGAGCGCUCUUUCACCUGCCAAAAGUGUGGAAAGAGUUUCAACCGAAAAGAAAACCUUAACAGGCACAUGAGAGUUCACACUGGAGAGAAGCCUUACACCUGCCAACAGUGUGGAAAGAGUUUUUCUGAAAAAGGAAACCUUAAAGAGCACAUGGGAAUACACACUGGAAAGAGCUCUUUCACCUGCCAACAGUGUGGAAAGAAUUUCAAACAAAAAGGAAACCUUAAAGUCCACAUGAGAAUUCACAGUGGAGAGAAGCCUUACACCUGCCAACAGUGUGGAAAGAGUUUCAGUUGCAAAGUAAGCCUUACAGCCCACAUGAGAAUUCACACUGGACAGAGCCCUUUCACCUGCCAACAGUGUGGAAAGAGUUUCACACAUAAAGGAUACCUUAAAGUCCACAUGAGAAUUCACACUGGAGAGAAGCCUUACACCUGCCAACAGUGUGGAAAGAGUUUCAGACAUAAAGGAAACCUUAAAGUCCACAUGAGAUCUCACACUGGAGAGAAACCAUUCAUAUGUAGUCAGUGUGGAAAUAGUUUUAGAUUUAAAGAUAACCUUAAGUACCACAUGAGGACUCAUUAGAGAGAGAACUGGUUUAGAUGUCAUCAGUGUAGAAAGAGUUUCACAGACAGGAAACGCUAUGAGAACUGUGUUAUAACUCUCACCAGAGAGAAGUUCCCAUGUCAGAGAGACCUGAAAUGGCAUUUGCAAACUCAUUCUGGAAAGAAACUGCAGUGUUUAUCAGUAUGACAAGGUUUAAAGAAGGAGCCAUUUCAAAAAUCAAUGGGUUUUUCUUUUGUUAUCACUUACAGAUACACCUGUAAAGUCAUACAGAUCUGAGGCUCUGCAAUUUAAAACAGCACCAGAAAAUAUGUAUCUUUGUGAAAUUAGGGUUAUACAUUUACAUUGCAGCUGAAUCUGAUUUUCCACUCAAAAAAUAAACUUAUUUCCACCUCUCUA